CAAACCGCUUGAGAACUUGUUUUCAUUCCACUAUUAUUAUUAUUAUUAUUAUUAUUGUUAGCAGUAAAAAUAUUUGUUAAAGGUGUUGUUCAAAUAUUGAAUAAGAUUCGUUCUGUUAUUUUGCUGUUGUGCCUCAAAAGUGACAGAACGCAAAUACCUAACAAUGCGUUCUUUUCAUUAUUAUUUCUACGCAAUUUUAUUAAUAUUCGAAUCAACGGGUUUGGCUUUGGUGGCAGUGGUGGAUGGACGUGUUUUAACACGUUGCGAAUUGGCCCGCGAAAUGUUUCAAUUGGGCAUCGAAAAAUCUGAUCUGGCGACUUGGACUUGCAUUGCACGCUUCGAAAGUAAACUCAACACAUCAGCUAUUGGGCAAUUAAAUGGCAAAUGGUCGAAUAAUUUUGGACUUUUUCAAGUUAGCGAUCGCUAUUGGUGCACAUCGAGCUCUAUUAGGCCUUCGGCAAAUAUGUGCCAUCAAAUUUGCCAAGAGCUCUUAACCGAUAACAUUGACGCGGCAGUAGAGUGUGCUCAAACGGUUAAACAACGACAAGGUUGGAAAGCUUGGUCUGCAUAUAAUGGCUAUUGUCAGCAUAUAGCGCACAAGCUGACAGUCGAAGAAUGUUUCUAAAUGGUAUUGUAUGACCGAAAAACAGCAUUUAAAUAAAUAUUAAAAAUAAAUAAAUUAAUAGUUUUUUCAAUGACGUGAGUAAUUUUGAAAAAAUGAAAUCUAAUACGAUAAAUAAAGAGAACAAGUCAGGAAUUGUAAGUGUAUUAGAUUUAAGGUAUAUUCUGGAUACCCUUGGACAAUUCAUUCAAUAUGUACAAGAAGCUAAAGCACUUUUCGUCAAGUGAACGAGUGUAAGUGAACUUAUUUCCUUACCUGUAAACGCAAUGCAACUCUGAACUGUGGUGUGCAAAAUUUUAGGUCAAUGUGUUCUUCAAAUUCUUUCUUCUACAUUCUUCUCAGUUCUCUUCUUCUACAGUUUUCUCUUUUGCUAUGUUCACCAUGCUUUUGGGCGCCUCAUGCCAGCCUUUAAAUUCGAUCUGUAGGUUUGAUGUAAGUCUACGCUUUCCAUUACUAAUACUUGAACUCGAAGGAGAGAUAGCAAAUAGAAGGGCAAAUAAGAGUAAGGUCAGAUCCGGAAGAUCAAUUAAUGCAUGUAUGCAUGUAUGUGUGGAGUUAUGUUUAUAUUUACGACUUUAUGACUGCUUCACAUGUUUCUCAAUUAGUCGCCAACUGAGCGUGGAUAUCGUACAAUUACCUGAAAAUUAUUAGAAGAAGGUUCCUUCUCCUAAGCUGAAGAGCAUGGACUAUAUUGUUAGAACGUGUUAAUGGGGUCGCUUUCACUAACGGCGAAAACAUGUGUAGAGCCGAGCUUAUGUUUUAUUUCCACACCACACUAUGUGUAAGUUAAGAAAUAAAUGCGAGGACUUAGGCUGAAUGAGCACUGGCAACCAAGACUACCGGCUCCAUUUUUUAAUAAGAAUCCAUGAAACGAUGGGUCCCGGCCAGUUUAAUAAUAUUUAACUACUUAAUUGAAAUUAUGUCUCGAGGGACUUUCAAAACGUCCGCACGUUUAGACAUUCUAAGUAGGAAUCUUUGAAUUUUGAAAAACAUACACGAAUCGAAAUGGCAGGAAUAGAUUUCUUUAAAAUCCAUUGGUUAUAUUGCAAUACUAAGAGUAUUACCGCCCUCGUUUGCACAUAGCAAUGAAACGAAAUUAGAAGUAACAUUAGACUAGUGGGGAUGGAAGUAGGAAGUAUAUAACACAUUCUUGAAAGUCAAUAUUUUUCACUGUGCGUUGUGAUGUAGUUCAUGGCGCCGAAACAGCGGCCAUAGCUGCUAGGUUUGCUCGCUCAUUUCUCAAGAGACCGAUAUGACUUUGUAUUCAAAAAUUUUUAUUUUACGGCCGAUGAUAUUUCAACUUCGAAGAGCCUUUAUGACCGACAAACUUCCUGUAAUGAUAAUCCUUUUACGUUUAGUUUUGCGAAUAAGGCUUAAAGUUUGAAGAUUAGCCAUAGCUACGCUUGUAAAUGUUGAAGCAAUGGCAGGCAGGAUCGGAUUAAUCUGAUUUGCGGCAUCUACUUCACUGCACAGGCAAGAGACAUAUGUUUUGUCUAAGUAGAAGGAAUAGAGGGAAGCAACUCACAUCUCUGAUUUUUGUUCCUUGCUUCUAGUUUCUGGCGGCGAAAUCCGGCAGAAGUUUGCAGACAAUCGUAAAGUCUCUCGACGCCCAUGUGGUAGAAUUAGGUAGGAUUUCGUAACCGUAUCAAAAAUAUCAUAGCAUAAAUUUUCUCGAAUGUCUCUGUUCGAUCGACCGAAUAUGUUCUUUGCUCUGCUUUGGUUGGACAAAAGAUAAAGAUUCUUGGCCUAUGCCCGCAACACGAUGAGCCAGCGACAC